AAACUUUCCCAAAGAAAUUGUUUUGAUACUCCGGGUAUAAAUACGGAGUAUUUUACAAAUCUUUCUCCAAACAUCACCUAUUAAAUAUUCUAAAUUUCGUCCCACAGAUGAACAUUAAUGCCUCGAUUCAGGGACGAGCCUCCUGCAAUCCGAGUAUACACCGUUUGCGAUGAAUCCAAGUUUCUAAUUGUGAGGAAUGUUCCAGCCCUAGGUUGUGGCGAUGAUCUCGCAAAAUUGUUUUCUGCUUAUGGAGAAGUUGAAGAAUGUAAACCAAUGGAUGCUGAAGACUGUGAACCAUUUACUGAUGUCUAUUGGAUCAAGUUUCAAAGAACAGACAAUGCCAGGUUUGCCAAAAGGAAAUUAGAUGAGUCUGUAUUCAUGGGGAACAGGAUUCAGGUCACAUAUGCCCCUCAAUAUGAGACUCUAUCUGAUACAAAGGAGAAGUUGGAAGGGAGGCGAAGGGAAGUUCUAACACGAGUGAAGUCUCAGAAGCCCAUAAGUUCUGCAAUCCAUAGGCCAAAUGUUUUCAGCACAUCUAAAUUCACUUCAAACUCCUCACAUAUAAACUGUACCCCUCAAAUGCCAGGGCUAGAUCAAAGGCAAAUUUCUUCGCAAAAAAGUCAGUUCAUGACGCCACAUGAGACUGCAAAUGAUAGAGAUUCUUCUUUUAUGACUGUAGUGUCUUCUGAAAAGGAAUAUUUUCCAUCACAAUCUAUGAACCAAACUGUUCAAUUGGUUAGGGAUAAACUAAACAAGAUACAAUCCAGUGCAGAAGUAUCAGAUGCUGGAGCAUCUAAAAAAGCGCGAGUGGACAACAGAAGGAGAAUUUGACAUUUUCUGGCAAGUGUGUUUUCCUACAAGCUUGUUCUAAGUUGUUUCAACUUAAAAAAAAUGCUGAAACAUGAUUUUUGGUCAUCUAAUACUUCGGCGGCCAAUAAAGAAGACAUGCUUGACAAGAUGCUACUUCUGUUUUACGCAAGGCAAAGAAUCGUCAACGAUAGGCAUAAUGUGUUGCAAAUCCUAGACGGUCUCCCUCGUUGAAGUAGGUAUAGAAAAUGUUUAAGAUAUACUCCCUCCGUUCCACAAAACACUUCCCCUUUCGUUUUUUUUGAAUUCCCUAAAACACUUCUACUUUCUAUUAAAAAACCACUUUUACCCUUACUUUUUCAUAUCUUACAUAUCACAUCAUAUUUUUUCACUAAUAACCAAAUUUUCACAUCUUACUUUUACACAUCACAUCAUGGGUAAAAUUGGAAAGUCAACCAAAAUUACAUUUUCCUUAUUUUUGCCAAAAGUCAAAAGUGGAAGGAUUUAAAGGAACGGAGGGAGUAUUAGUUAGAAUUCCUAUUUCUAUGCAGCCUCGGGUUAUAAAGUGUUUGAAAGGGUCAUGCUGUUGACACCAAGGUUGACACUAUCGAUGUUUCUCAAAUCGAUAAAUCCGAGACACUGAGAGUUCUCAUAAACAAGAUUUAAAUUCUCGUAUGAAUUUUACAGAGUCCU